CCCUGGGUUGUGCCCCUUGGCUCCACCCCCAGAGCUUUCUCAGGGCUCUGUCCCCCGUGCUGAGGGACAGGAUGGUGGACAUGAUUGCCAAGCUGACUAGACGGCAGAGUCAGGCCCUUUCCGGGAAGGUGGACGAGCCCGGGGAGCCCGUGUACGCGAACGUCCAGCGGCAGCCGCGGGCCACCUCCCCGGACGCCAUCGCAGCCCCGCGCCCCGGCCCGGUCUGGGAGACGCUCACGGACGCGGACACCGGACGCCCCUACUACUACAACCCAGACACGGGCGUGACCACCUGGGAGUCGCCCUUCGAGGCCGCCGCCAGCCCGGCCACCUCCCUGGCCUCGGUGGGCAGCCGCGAGAGCCUCGAGGCCGAGUGGGACCAGUACUGGGACGAGGCGAGCCGCCGGGUGUUCUUCUACAACCCGCUCACGGGCGAGAAGGUCUGGGAGGACGAGCCCGAGGACCCGCUGGAGAUGCAACCGGGCCUGAGUCCGAGCCCGGACAGCCCCCAGGACCGGCGGCCGCCCACACCUGAGACUGACUACCCCGAAUCGCUGACAAGUUACCCCGAGGAAGAUUAUUCUCCAGUGGGCUCGCUCAGUGAACCCGGCCCUGCCUCUCCCUUGGCCACGCCCCCUGGCUGGUCUCAGCACGUGGGGACGGACGGACAGAUUCUGUACACCAACCACUUCACCCAAGAGCAGUGGGUGAGGCUGGAGGACCAGCAUGGGAAGCCGUACUUCUACAACCCGGAGGACUCCUCGGUGCGGUGGGAGCUGCCCCAGGUCCCUGUCCCUGCUCCUCGAAACACCCUCAGAUCCAGCGACAGUGACACCCCGGCUCAGACCAGCCCACCCGAAGAGAAGAUCAAGACGCUGGACAAGGCAGGCGUGCUCCACCGGACCAAGACUGUGGACAAGGGAAAGCGACUGCGGAAGAAGCAUUGGAGUGCCUCUUGGACUGUGCUGGAGGGCGGUGUGCUGACAUUCUUCAAGGACUCCAAGACCUCAGCUACCAGCGGCCUGAAGCAACCUUCCAAGCUCUCUACGCCGGAGUACACAGUGGAGCUGAGGGGCGCCUCGCUUGCCUUGGCUCCCAAAGACAAGUCCAGCAGGAAGAAUGUCCUGGAGCUGCGGAGCCGUGACGGCUCGGAGUACCUGAUCCAGCACGACUCAGAGGCCAUCAUCAGCACGUGGCACCAGGCCAUCGCCCAGGGCAUCCAGGAGCUGUCCGCAGACUUGCCCCCCGACGAGGAAAGUGAGAACAGCAGCGUGGACUUCGGGUCGAGCGAGCGCUUGGGAAGCUGGCGGGACCGAGAGGAUGCGCGGCCCAGCGGCGCAGCAGCCACACUGGCCCUGGGGCCAGGGGUUCUGGAGAGUGACGUGAGCAAGGUCCGGCAGAAGCUUCGCAAGUUCCUGUUGAGGCGGCCCACGCUGCAGUCGCUGCGGGACAAGGGCUACAUUAAAGACCAGGUGUUCGGCUGCGCGCUGGCCGUGCUGUGUGAGCGCGAGAGGACCCAGGUGCCGCGCUUCGUGCAGCAGUGCAUUCGCACGGUCGAGGCUCGGGGCCUGGACAUCGACGGGUUGUAUCGCAUCAGUGGGAACCUGGCCACCAUCCAGAAACUGCGCUACAAGGUGGACCACGGUGAGACCCGCCCUGGCCCUGGCCCUGCCCUGGUGAUCGAGCACCGCGAGCAGAACCGCAUGUCCACCCAGAGCGUGGCCAUCGUGUUCGGGCCCACGCUGCUGCGGCCGGAGGCGGAGGAGACCAGCAUGCCCAUGAGCAUGGUGUUCCAGAACCAGGUGGUCGAGCUCAUCCUGCAGCAGUGCUCCGACAUCUUCCGGCCGCACUGACCGCGCCCACCACGCCUGGACUCUGCAGGCCUGCGCUCCCACCGCUUGCCGUUGUGCAGUCGACCCCUCUCCGGUCUGAGGAUAUGGCGAGCCUGAGGGAACCGUUGGAACCGUUGGCCGAAUGUGAUUUCUCUCUGGGCUGCUGCGGGGUUCGGUCCCAUUCUUUACUACGGUGCCUGGGCUGGAAUGCAAGGGGCAGGGUUUCGGGGCUUACCUGUAAACCACCCUAAACCCAAAGCCAUGAGUGGAUUCUGACUCAGAGGAUAGGGUAGAACCGCCCCUUUGGGUUUCAGAGACUGUACAUCUUUACAGGGGCA